CACUCGGAGCGGUACGGGGCGGGGCCGAGCGCGCCCAGCCUCGGGUUGCCACCCUGGUGGUGUGGGCUCGCUUGUCAGUCCGACCAAGAACCGCCGGACUGAACAGCCUAAAGGAAAGGGUGACUUAUUUAGGACGCCAGUCCCUUGCGGAACCUUUCGAUGCCGGAACCAAUGUGUUGCAGCGCGCUGCCGACAGGCGAACUGUUUUGGUGAAGGACGACCAGUUCUCAGAGGAGGGUCGACUGGUGCAGUUCCGGUGGGAAAGCGCGGCAGCGAGGUGCUCGGCUUCAGCGCGAUAUGAACAGACAGAAUUUUCGACCCCCGACUCCUCCUUAUCCCGGCCCGGGUGUCGGAAGUUGGGGUAGCGGGAGCAGCUUCCGGGGUACUCCGGGCGGUGGCGGACCGCGGCCGCCCUCCCCUCGGGACGGGUACGGGAGCCCGCACCACACGCCGCCGUACGGGCCCCGAUCUAGGCCUUACGGGAGCGGCCACUCUCCGCGACACGGCGGCAGCUUCUCGGGGGGCCGUUUCGGGUCUCCGUCUCCUGGCGGCUACCCUGGCUCCUACUCCAAGUCCCCCGCGGGGUCCCAGCAGCAAUUCGGCUACUCCCCAGGGCAGCAGCAGACCCACCCCCAGGGUUCUCCAAGGACAUCUACACCAUUUGGAUCAGGGCGUGGUAGAGAAAAAAGAAUGUCUAAUGACUUGGAAAAUUAUUUCAAGCCUUCAAUGCUUGAAGACCCUUGGGCUGGCCUAGAACCAGUAUCUGUAGUGGAUAUAAGCCAUCAGUACAGCAAUACUCAAACAUUCACAGGCAAAAAAGGAAGAUACUUUUGUUAAUAUUUGUGAAAUUCAUCUGGAAGCUUCAAGUGUCAGGAACAUCUUGGACAAAACUUUUACUUGUGUAAUUAAGUUGAACCCAAUGAUGAUGACUUUGAAUAACUAUAGAGCCUUCUUGAUAUUUUGCAUCAUAUCAAGCAUUAUUGGUAUUAGAGCAGAAGACAGGCUAAUUUUCAGAAUUUAGCUCUCUGGAAGUAUCUACCACAUUUUAGAAGAUUUACAGUUUCCAUAGACUUAAUAUUCCUGGUUAAAUAAUGGACAUUUGUCUUUUAAUGUUUUUCCAGUGUUUCAAAAUAAAAUAUUUUGUAUUUCUAA